GAUAAUGGUAAAUCUGACGAAGAAGUAUCUGAAGUCAUCCAACUCCAAGAUGAUGACAUUAGUACGAAGAUUUCGCCGACUAUUUCUAGUGUUAAUGAAAAGGAGAAGUCAAACUCUGACUCUUUAGAAAUUAUAGACGUCGAAAAUGGAUUAAAUAAUAAAGGAAGUCUCCCACCAUCUUCCGAAGCUAAGACCUCCUCUUCUUCUGACAUUGGUAAAUCACUACAGACUCAAACUUCUCUAAAUCAGUUCGUAACAAAACAUGACUUGAGUGCAGCUUUAGCGGAGAUGAAAGGUUUUCUUACUAAUAGUCAACGAAAAAAAGAUCAUAAAUGUCAAGCAAGUACUCGUAAGCCCGAAGAAGUUGAAAAUAUGGAUCCUGAUUUAAAGGAAAUAGGAAAAAAUGGAAGUAAAAUUUACGUAACCAGAGAGCAGUGGGAUUACAUAAAAUCAAAAAAUACAUUUACAUCGAUGGGAAUUGCCUUAGUUGUGGCAUUAUUUGAAAAAGAUACACUACUUAAUAGUAACUACAAGGGUGGUAAGUCAAAAAUAAAAAAGCCAGAAGGUGAGAGUAUUCAAUAUAAUGCGUUAGAUUCAACAAUUAUUGAAGGGAUAAAAGUUACUGUCAAAGCUCGUUUUAAAAGUAGUUUCAACGAAGGUAAAUUCGGUGCAGCUAUAAACACAAAAUUAGCUUCAUUGAAAACCGAAAAUCGUCGUCAUACUGAAAAAACCAAGGAAAAACCGAAUGAAGAUGCUAAUAAUAAAAAUUGA